GACUCUGGCUCCCUGGGUUUCAAGUGCUCGGGGCCAAAGCGCUGCUGCCGGCUGCUGCCCACUUGUCUCCAGCCGCGCGCCCUCGCAGCGACUUCUCAGUCGGAGUUCCCUGUUCCCUUAACAAACCCGCUUGUGCUCUCAGGCUUCCCCGAGACCCCGGGGUCCGCCCCUUCGGAGGAGGCGGUCAAGGUCUGGGCCUCCGGGCCUCGUGGGUGUCCCAGCGGCCUGGCGCGUUGGGCCUGGAGGGCUGGGCGAGGGGCGCGGCGUGGGUGGGCGGGCCGGCGCGCGGGGGCUGCAGGAAGCGGGGGCGGCGGCCGCUCGCGCCCGGCUCCGCGGGGUUAGAGACACCCGGAAACGGAUUCGGCCUUGGGGCCCGCGCGCGGGCAGGGCGUCUCGCGGCGGGCGGCGGGCGCGGGCCGGCGGCUGCUGAGUAAUCCCCUGCGGCGGCGGGAGGCGGCUCCGCCCUCCCCGCCGCCCCGCCCCGGCCUCCCGGCUCCGCGGAGCUCCGGCAGGUAGAGCCAGCCGGGCUCCGGGCGCGCGCGGGGUCCGCAGCAGCCGCCCCACUUCGCCUCGGCCCUGCCCAGAGCCUCGCGCGCCCAUGGCCGGCUCCGAGCAGCAGCGGCCGCGGCGGCGGGACGACGGAGACUCGGCCGCGGCGGCCGCGGCGCCCUUGCAGGACGCGGAGCUGGCCUUGGCCGGCAUCAACAUGCUGCUGAACAACGGCUUUAGAGAGUCGGACCAGCUUUUCAAACAAUACAGACAUCAUAGCCCACUGAUGAGUUUCGGAGCCAGCUUUGUCAGUUUUCUGAAUGCCAUGAUGACAUUUGAGGAAGAAAAAAUGCAGUUGGCAUGUGAUGACUUAAAAACUACAGAAAAGCUGUGUGAAAGUGAGGAGGCUGGAGUCAUUGAAACAAUCAAGAAUAAAAUUAAGAAGAAUGUCGAUGUCCGAAAAUCCACCCCCUCUAUGGUCGAUCGACUUCAGAGGCAGAUAAUCAUAGCUGACUGUCAAGUUUACCUGGCUGUGCUCUCGUUUGUAAAACAAGAAUUGUCAGCAUAUAUCAAAGGUGGGUGGAUCCUUAGGAAAGCCUGGAAGAUUUACAACAAAUGCUAUCUGGACAUCAACACCCUCCAGGAACUGUAUCAGAAGAAGCUUACUGAAGAGCCCUUGACCUCUGAUGCUGCAAAUGAUAAUCAUAUUGUGACUGAAGGGGUGUCCGAGGAGUCUCUAAACAGACUGAAGGGUGCUGUUAGCUUUGGAUAUGGCCUGUUCCACCUCUGCAUAUCCAUGGUGCCCCCAAACCUGCUCAAAAUCAUCAACCUGCUGGGUUUUCCUGGAGACCGCCUGCAGGGCCUUUCCUCACUGAUGUAUGCGAGCGAAAGUAAGGACAUGAAGGCCCCUUUAGCUACAUUAGCUCUGCUCUGGUAUCACACUGUAGUCCGCCCGUUUUUUGCCUUGGAUGGCAGUGAUAACAAAGCAGGCCUGGAUGAAGCGAAGGAAAUUCUUCUCAAAAAAGAAGCUGCUUAUCCAAAUUCUUCCCUCUUUAUGUUUUUCAAGGGACGCAUACAACGAUUAGAGUGUCAAAUCAACAGUGCCUUGACGUCCUUCCACACUGCUUUGGAGCUGGCCGUGGACCAGAGGGAAAUCCAGCACGUCUGUCUGUAUGAGAUCGGUUGGUGCAGCAUGAUAGAGCUGAAUUUCCAGGAUGCAUUUGAUUCCUUUGAGAGGCUAAAAAAUGAGUCCAGGUGGUCCCAGUGCUAUUAUGCCUACUUAACCGCGGUCUGUCAGGGAGCCACCGGUGAUGUGGAGGGGGCACAGAUUGUCUUUAAAGAAGUUCAGAAGCUCUUCAAAAGGAAGAACAAUCAGAUUGAACAGUUCUCAGUGAAAAAGGCAGAGAGGUUCCGGAAGCAAACGCCCACCCGGGCGCUGUGCGUGCUGGCGUCCAUCGAAGUGCUGUAUUUGUGGAAGGCCCUCCCCAACUGCUCCUUCCCCAACCUGCAGAGGAUGAGUCAAGCCUGCCAUGCAGUGGAUGAUUCAUCUGUCGUUGGAUUAAAGUAUUUGCUUCUCGGUGCCAUACACAAAUGUCUGGGGAACUCGGAAGAUGCUGUUCAGUUCUUUCAGCGAGCUGUUAAAGAUGAGUUGUGUCGUCAGAAUAAUUUAUACGUUCAGCCAUAUGCUUGCUAUGAACUUGGCUGUCUUCUAUUAGACAAACCAGAGACUGCAGCAAGAGGCAGAACUCUACUUCUUCAAGCAAAGGAGGAUUUCUCUGGCUACGACUUUGAAAACAGACUGCAUGUCCGCAUCCACGCUGCUCUGGCCUCUCUGAGGGAGUUGGUUCCUCAGUGACAGGCCCGGAGUUCCCGCUCUGCCUCUUCCCACCUGGGCUCCGCACUUUAAAAUAAAAGCAGAGGACACAGCUCACGUGAAGAUCGGCUUUUCUUCUGAAAACCACCUGUGCCAGGGACACAUUUUCCCCGUUAGGCUGACAUAGUAAAGAUCUAGCUAAAAGUAAUAACGACGACGAUAAUAGUAAUUAUGACUAACCACCUGGGGAGAGGGUUAAGUGACCUUGUUCAAACAUUUUAGUUUUGUGAUUUAUUAUUUUUAAAAUAAAAUCCAGCUAAAUAU